CUGAAUACAGGGGCGGUCCUGGGCACAGCGGACUGAAACACCGGCUUAGGGCCCCCAAAUUUUUUUAAAAAAUUUACAUAAGAAGGGGCCCCUAAAUUUGUAAAAAAAAUUUUUUUUAUAAAACCCUUACUAAAUUGUUUUAGGCCCCCAGCAUCUCAGGGACGGCCUAAAAUGUUACAAAAUGAAGCAAUUACAGUUAUCCUAUUAAUAAAUAAAAAUCGAAAAAACGAAAGACCUAAGCAUCAAACUCAUGACAUGUUGUGUUAUAGAAGCCCAAUAACCACUACACCACUGAAACUUUUAGUAGUUUCUAUGUAAAUCAUUAGAUAUUUUAUAUUCUUUAUAAGAAAAUCGAAAAAUAUAGCUCAAAAGUGACCUCUGUUUAAUCGUUGAUUUUUUUAUAGUUUGUUAGAUAUGGACCGAUCGUCACGACUCGCGCCUGAGGUAAUUUCAAACAUGGGUAUUAGUUUACCAAAUACUAGACACAUCUCGGGACAGUGAUACUAAAGUGCUAAUUAAACUAUUAAAUUAGCUUUUUUUUAUUCCAAUCAUGUUACAACUUAACUGAGUGAAACCCAUGGGCCUGGCUUUUAUACUUGUCAUACAGUCUGCUUUUGAGCAGUGAUGGCCCAUAAGCUUAAUUGCAGUAAAAUUAUUGUUCAGUUCAGUGGCUAAUGCAACAUCUCUUGACACUUAAUUUGAGUUUUAAUGUUAUGUUUUCUUAAUUCAAGGUGUGUUUUGUUUUGGACAUAUGUGCUUUCAAUUUUUUGAUGGUUAACGUGUUUUCGUUUGAGUAAUUUUGGUUUUCUUCUGUCUAAUUUGUUACAAAACUCGCAUCCGAACAUGAGUACCAGUUUGUUGUGUUUCAAAAAAAAAAAGAGUAUCCGUUUGUUUGUUGGUUCUUUUAUAUCAAUUACUAAUUGUUGACUUUAAAACAAAUUUUAUUAGGCAAUUUCAGAAAAUUCUUACAUAUCUUAUCUAAGAAUAUGAAUUAAAGUUAAGAAGUAAAACUAUUAAUUACCCAGCUUUAGUCAUGAUUAUGUUCUUUUAACAGAGGUCCUUAUUCUUCGUUCCCCUCCAAAUAACAACAAUUUCUUUUAAAAGUUUUCUCUCUCAAACUAACCAGCAACUCAAGCUUGACACAGUUAUAUAUGGGCUCUUAGCUCUUUAUUCUUUUUUGAUGAUACAUGGAUGUUUAGACCCAGGCACCCAACCCAUGGGCACACCGCACAACCCUUGUUUCUUAGAAAAACGUGUUGUAUACAAAAGGAUCGUGUUUAGAAAGAAGCUUAAGGCAUUGGCAUUGACAUCGGCUAGAGACUAUACGAAUCUCUUGGGAAAUAAUAUCAAUUUAUUUAAUUGCUUUUAACAACACAAAUCAGUCAUUGGGAUGCUAAAGGACAUUAUGUUCGAAACUACGUUGCACGGAAGUUUUAUCGGACGUCUGAUUCCCAAUUUGAAAUCAGAACCUUGUGGAAGCUUACAAAAUCUCGCUUAUAUAACGCUUCUAAAAUAUUCUCUUUAAAAACACGUUGGAAGCUUACGAUUUCAUUUUGGAAUCAUGCUUCCAUUCUUUAAAAAAAACACAAUGUCUUAUAUCUAUAAAAAUAUAAAAUUAUAGUUUUUAUUUGUUAUAAAAUCUAAAUUUUAAUAGUAUUGGAUAGAGAGAAUACAAAUAUACAAAUAUUAAAAUUAAUACUAUAAUUUAUCUUUAUGCAUUGAGGUUUUUAUUAAAGAUAAAUCGUAUUUUCAAAUAUAUUAUAUUAAUUAAUUAUAAAGUAUUAAAAAUAAUUUAUUUUAAAUUUAGUUUAUGCGUAUUUUCACAGUUUUAAUAUAAAAUCAUUUCAAAAUUAUUAUAAAUGAAUAAUUCUUUAUUUUAAAUUUAAAUAGUAUAAUUUUUAGUUCUAGAUUUUUUUAAAAAAAUUUUUAUAUAUGGAUAUGCUUCCAAAACAUAUCCGCUUCCUAAUUUUUUAAAGAAUCUUGCUUCUGCGCUUCCAUACACUUAUGCUUCCACGUACCCACUUCUGUUUCCAUGUAACAUAGAUUCGAAGUAACCCAAGACACUAGACUUAUGUGGUCACACUAAUAUAAGUUCAUGUUUUAACCUCAUUUAAAUAUCUGAAACGAGAAUCUAUACGUAGUUUACACUUUCCAUUGAAAUUUAGUUUGAAUCAUUCCAUGAAUUCAAAUACUUCCAAUUUAAAAAAAUAAAAAAUUAGCGAGAGUUUUUCCACAGAAAUGGUUUAUAAUUUUUCUUUUAUUUUUCCUAUUUUUGUUAAUUGUUUAAUGAUGAGUUUCUUAAUGAGAAACUCUUGUUGAUGAUGGCUUUAGAACAUCUCUAAUUCAACUCUAUUUUUAUACAUUUUUUCUAUAUUAGAGUUACUGUAUUUUAUAGAAAACUAUAGAGUAAUUCUAUUAUACAUUCAUACCAUUGGAAAAAAAAUUCACUUUUAUAAUAAAAUUAUUCUAUUUUAUAGGAAAAGAUAACAUAAAAAAUAAGGUUGGAUUUAAGUCAAAGCCAUUACAAUUUAAUUUUUAUGAAGGAAGAUGUUUGGGCCAAAACUGAUACCGAUGAGUAGCCAAAUCCCAAAUUUUCUAAACAAAACAUAAUAUAAGUCUUAUGUCGUUUGGCCAAAAAUAGCAACUUAGGAAUGUGUUUAGUUUAUAAUUUGAAAUUAUUUGAUUUUUAAUCAAUUCUUAUGUGAUUUUAGAUGAAUUUGAGAAUUUAAUAUUAUUUUUGCUAAAUCAUUUUAGAAUCUCAUCUAACCAUGAAAUAUAAAUUUUUAUUUUUUAACUAAAAAACUCCAACAGAAAAUUUCUGAAACUCACAAUUUAAAAUAUUUAUAAUAAUAGUGAAUUCUAAACUAUUUUAUGAAAUGUUAAGUUUAAUAAUACUAAGUUUUUAAUAAAAUUUUAAAAUUAAUGUUUAGAUAUUUGGAAGCACUGGCAUGGACUUUAGAAUGCAUUGUUGCUCCUCGAUUAGACAAGAUUAUAAUUGCAGGAGAAGAUGCAGUUCUAAUGAAAGUCAUUGAGAGACCAAAAAGCAAGGCAUUCCUUUACUUCAGUCUUUCAAGAGAUAGAAAUUUUUUUGUGCAAGGUUAGUUGCUGGAAAAGCAAAAUUGAAACUAGAAGCUCUACUAGAAGUGCUUAUCUCAUUGAUAAGAGUGCUACUAGAGCUCGGUGGUACCAAGCUUAUGUGGCCAGGGGCGCUCCCCUUUGGAUCUCUAGUCUAGUAUCUUUUGAGAAAGUUUAACAUCUAUUGUGUAGCUUUGGGUGUAGUUUAGAAUUAUUUUUUGUUCAGAAAGGUAGAUAAUCCUGAUGUGGGUUUUUGAGUUGCUUGUAGCAAUCCUUCUGUUGUAACUUGGCUUUGUUAGCCUUGGGUUUAUUUAUCCGUUUAUAUAAAUACUUUCGAGGAAAUAGAAAACCAUCUCGAUCUGCUAUGAAUUGCUUCCAUUUUUGUCACAUUGUCAAGAGAUCUUCAAUGUAAGAAACCUGAAGAGAAAUAUGGAAAAGUGAAAGGUAGAUCAUGUUUGUUUUGCGUUCAUUUAUAUGUUACAGAAUCGUUAAAUACAUGGUUUAUUUGUUGAUCGUUAUUACUACAAUUUACGAAGCGAACAUGGUCUCAGUUUUUAUGUCUUUUUUCAACAAAAAAAAAAACAUGGUCAGUCUUUGGCUACUCUAGAAAAGAAUAGGUCAACUAAACUAAUGAUGAUUUGAUAUUUUCCUAUAAUGAAAUUGUAAUUUGACCAAUCAUAAGAUUAGUGAUAUGUGGCCUUGUCCCAGCUCAACACAUGGCAGAAACAUGGUUCCAUUGAACUUUUGAGAACGUGAAUUGACAACCCUUGUCCUUUGACUGCACGUUACAAUUAUAUGUUACGUGGAUAUUAAUUAGAACUUAUUAUCCCAAUCAUUAUUGAGAUAUCCAAUAGUUAUUUGUUUGAUGGUAAUCAAGAAAACAAGAAAUAACACAGGACAGUCGAUGGUUCUCACGUGCCCACAUGUGAUCUUGAACUCCACAAAGAUACGAAUAUCAAUAUCUUGCCAAUGAAUGAUAUUAUACAACACUUUUUACUAACCUCUCCGGAAAAUUAUUCAUAUAUAGAUCGAGUGUAAUGGACAAGACAAGACAUGUAGUCUACUUGAUUAUGUUAGUAUUAUCAUCUAGAUUCAAGAGAUGGCUCAAGCCUGCAUAAUGCAUGUUAUUGACAUAUAUAUAAAAAUCGAACUUAAUUGAUGGAUAUAUGAGUUGGACACUGAUCAUCUCAUCGCAACUCUCUCUCUCUAUAUAUAAUGAAGGUUACAACUUAAUGACUUAGGCCUUAGAUCUCUAUUUCUAUCUGCAGUCGAGUCUCUAUCUCUUUCUUUCUCAACAAGUCUUUCAUUUUUUUAUGAAGCCACAAUGGCAUGCAUGGACACGCAUAACUCCAUAAAUGGUGCAGCUAGGAUCUCAUUCUCUAAUGAAUUCGUCGAAAUCAGAUCAGAAAAGAAUAGCACUAAGAGCAACAACGUCAACACUAGAAGCUCUUUCUCCAAAACCGCUGAUGAUUUCGAGUUCUCUGUCACGGACUACGCCAUGAUUCCGGCUGAUGAGAUCUUCCUCAAAGGAAAGAUAUUACCGUUCAAGGAGACCACUCAUGUUCAUAGGACCUUAAGAGAAGAGCUUCUGGUCGAUGAAGAGGGUCCUGUCGAUGGCAACAUCUUUUCCAUCAGGCCACUAUUUUUACCUUCUUCGUCCUUUUCCUCAAAGGGUACAUGGAAGGAGCUAUUGGGCCUCAAGAGAGCCCAUGUUAGAUCUAAGACGCCCGAUAAACUUGAUGACAAAACCAUCUCUGGGAAUGCUGCGAGGUGGGAGAGUCAAGUUGGAGAUACAUGAUGAUGGAAUUGUAGAGCUCUCACUUUGGUUCCUAGAAAUUAAUUUAGAUUAUUUCUGAUAAUCUAGAUUGGUACUGUAUUGUAUCCACAUUCAAACAACUCUUUUCGGCUCACAUGUUUUGUUGUUCUUGUAAGUUCUUGUUUUGGUUUGUUCAGGAAUCUGUCUUUUUUUGGGAACAUCCGUUUUUUUAAUUAAAUGCAAGUGAAGAUUUGUGUGUAGCUAAAAGGAAAAGAAAGAGUAUUGUCACUUUUAGUUGUGAGUUGUAUGCAUGCAUUUCUCUCACGUCUCUCCAUCUUAUAUAGUUAAAUAUGCGCACUGGAAUAUAUCUAUUAAUGCAUAAUCGUUUAUGGUCCCUACUUAUUACAUAUUCACAUGGACUGUUCAAAUGGUCUACAUCGGCCGGAACUUGUUCAUUCACAAUGGAUUUUUCUGAGAUAAUGUUGGUUAAUAACUUGUAAAAUUAUUGGACUUACCGAACUAUAAAAUUACUUCUGACUCUUACAGAUUAUCUAGAAGAGUAACACUCGGAGAAAUGUGUGUAGUUAGUGUAGAACAAAAAUGUAACCAAGAUUUCUGAUUCUUUCAUUAAAAAUAUGUUGAUUGAAAAAGUGAAUGUUGACAAAUAAUGUAGCUUAGUAAAUUCUCGUGGUUGUAGACUCUGCCACUCUUCUAACACAAUUCUAUUUCUGGAAGACUUAUCAUAAUAAUGUAUUUGUUUAAGGAAGGAGUCUAAAGGUUAGACUCGACCAUCCGAUUCACCGAAUUCUGAAUCUUGGUCUAAACACAUGAAUCGCUCAAAACAAUUAUUGAAAAAAAAACAAUUAUUAAAACGUUUCGUGUAUGUGUGUACAAUGUGUUCAGAAAAAAAAAAUCUCUAUUAGGUCGUUAAGCCCAGCUUAUAUAAGUUUUUUUUGUCGGCCCCUCUUCUCCACAAGAGAUAAAAAAAGAAACCAAAAAAGAAGAGAAAAAUAUUUUCUUAUAUUUUUUUUUGUUAAAGGAGUGGUAAGCAAACAUGGAUUUUAGUGUACAUUCCCGCAUCUUGGUGACUUGGUGUUGGUGUCAGUUUCUUUAAUCGAUCAGUACAAGUACGACAAUUACACAUCUUCAUCAUAACCUCUGAUUUUGUUUCAUUGAAUCGUUGAAUUGAACCUUGAGUUUAGGCUCCAAAUGGUAACAGUGGAUUAAGCGGUGCGGGACAAACAGUUUGACUGCAAUGCAGUUUUGACAGUUAUAAAAAUGCAUAAAUAUAUGGUAUAUUAGAGAUUUUUGUUACUGUUAACUGCGGUGCGGUGCGGGACCGAUGUUACCAUUCGAAACCUUAGUAUUUAAAGUAAGAUAGAUAAUAAUGAGAAGAAAGAAAAAUAGGAACAGAAACGGAGAGACCACAAUAAAAAGACGAAAAGUUAUUAAUAAAGUCAUUCUCGGUUUAGGAACAGAUUUGUGAUUGGCAAUUUCUUUAAUUCGUAAAAAAACGACACGGAAAUAUACACCAUUCAUUUGUGAUAACAUCCACGUAAAAUAGUGUAAUUAACAUAAAUAAAUUAAUGUACCCAAAAUGGCUAUUUAGUUGGGGGAAAAUGAGUUGACAAAAAAAAAGUUGGGGGAAAAUGAAACUGGCUUUUUAGCUGUUUUUAAUCUAGUGAAAAUGAAAAUGAAAAUUUUAAUUUCAUAACGUGAAUUCUGGAAAAUGUUAGUAUGUUUUUUUUUUCGGAAUAACAGGAUGUGAAGCACAAGUUCAUAGUUGAAAAAAAAAAAAAAAAAAAAUUUCGUAGUUGAAUCACUAGAGUCUAGAGUAACACGUGAGAAAAAAAAUAUUAAACUUACACUGAAAAAGCCUGAUGAAUAACAGUAAUAUUCCUUUCUCACGUCAGCCAGUUCAGUCUAACCUUUUUCCUGCUACACACUCUGUUUUCGUUAUUAAUAUAGAAUCAAAUAAAUUUCCAAUAACAAUUAUGUGCCAUCUUUAAGGAAUUGUAGCAAAAACUCCAUAAAUAUCCUGGUAGAAUUCUAUUAACUAGAAAUCCAAUAUAAUUUUUUGAUAAAAAAUUAUUUGUUGAUAUUUCAGUUUUUUUGUUUGUGUUGUUGUAAUUCAAAAUCUUGUGUUAAAAUGACAUGUUUAAACAACACAACACAAUUUUAUUUUACUUUUAAUGAAAACAGCAUUCAGUUGAAGAUGAUCCUAAUACAAAUUCAUCAACUAAUAUAUUAUUUCUUCUGUUUUAUAAUAAGUGGCAUUCUAACAUUUUUUCUUGUUACACAAAAGUAUCAUUUUAUAAUUUCAAUGCAAAUUAUAUUUAUUUUUAGUUAAAAAUUAAUUGCAAACUACAUUGAUUUUAAUAAAUAAUUUAAUUUAUCUCAAAUAUUAUUGGUGAGAGAGAUGUAAUUAAUAAAAACUUAAAUAUAUUUUUACCACGUUAUUAAUCUGUGUAAUAAAUGUCAAAGUAAUACUUAUUUAGAAAGAUAAGGAGUACUUGUUAGACUUUAAAACAUUUUUACAGCGUCACAAAAACAUAAACGAUCAUUACUACAUUAAAAUUGGCUGUUUUUUUUUUUUUGUGAAAAAGGCUUCUAAAAUUGUCUGUUUCAAAAUAUAAAAGCAACAUAUGUUUAAGAAAUUUUCAAAUAAAAUGUCAAGUUUGAAUCUAGACGCCAAACAUUUUCCAUCAAAAAUAAAAACAACAUAUGUAUAAGGAAUUUUCAAAUAUGUUGUAUGAUUUUCCAUUGAUUCCAAUCAACUAAAUAUUACGAAGAAAAUGAAAAGUAGGACGUUCUCGAUUAUUACAGGUUAUAGAAUAUUUGAGAUAUAUUUACAUUUUCCGGGUAAGAACAGUUGAUAGAUUACAUUUUUCAUAGAUUAUGCAUUACUUUUUUUGAUUAUGCAUUACUACGUAGAAGAGAAUAAAAGUACUUGAGCAAGUGAUCAUUGUCUUCGUCAAAUGUUUUUUGUUCUUCUUCUAAGGAUUCAAUUUCACCCACUCGUAUCGUCCGUCAAGUGGUUCAUCUUUCUCGAAAUCGAAACUAUACCUGUAAGCACUCAUUUCACAGAUAAUUAGUAACUGAUUU